CGGCGCUUGGCGGCGCGCUCUUCCUGCUGCUCUUCGCGCUGGGGGUCCGCCAGCUGCUGAAGCAGAGGCGGCCGAUGGGUUUCCCCCCGGGGCCGCCGGGGCUGCCCUUUAUCGGCAACAUCUACUCCCUGGCCGCCUCAGCCGAGCUUCCCCAUGUCUACAUGAGCAAGCAGAGCCGGGUGUACGGCGAGAUCUUCAGUUUAGAUCUUGGAGGCAUAUCAACUGUGGUUUUAAAUGGCUAUGAUAUAGUAAAGGAAUGCCUUGUUCAUCAAAGUGAAAUUUUUGCAGACAGACCGUGCCUUCCUUUAUUCAUGAAGAUGACAAAAAUGGGAGGCUUACUCAAUUCCAGAUAUGGCCGAGGAUGGGUCGAUCACAGAAGAUUAGCUGUAAACAGCUUUCGCUACUUUGGAUACGGCCAAAAAUCUUUUGAAUCUAAAAUCUUAGAAGAAACCAAAUUUUUCAUUGAUGUUAUUGAAACAUACAAGAGUAGACCUUUUGACUUUAAGCAAUUAAUAACAAAUGCUGUUUCAAACAUAACCAAUCUGAUCCUUUUUGGAGAACGUUUUACUUAUGAAGACACUGAUUUUCAGCACAUGAUUGAGUUAUUUAGUGAAAAUGUAGAGCUAGCUGCCAGUGCCUCAGUCUUCCUGUAUAAUGCCUUUCCAUGGAUUGGCAUCUUACCUUUUGGAAAACAUCAACAGCUGUUUAGAAAUGCAGCUGUGGUCUAUGAUUUUCUCUCUAGUCUUAUCGAAAAAGUUUCUGUCAACAGAAAACCUCAGUUACCUCAGCAUUUUGUUGAUGCUUAUUUAGAUGAGAUGGAUCAAAGUAAAAAUGACCCAUCAUCUACCUUCUCCAAAGAAAACCUGAUUUUCUCGGUGGGUGAACUGAUCAUUGCUGGAACUGAAACUACAACCAAUGUGCUACGGUGGGCUAUUCUUUUCAUGGCCCUGUAUCCUAACAUUCAAGGACAAGUUCAGAAAGAGAUUGAUUUAAUUAUAGGCCCCAGUGGGAAGCCUUCUUGGGACGACAAAUGCAAAAUGCCUUAUACUGAGGCAGUUUUGCAUGAAGUUUUAAGAUUCUGUAAUAUAGUUCCAUUAGGGAUUUUCCAUGCAACCUCUGAAGAUGCAGUUGCACGUGGUUAUUCAAUUCCUAAAGGCACAACAGUAAUUACAAAUCUUUAUUCUGUACACUUUGAUGAAAAGUAUUGGAGAGACCCAGAAGUAUUCUAUCCUGAGCGAUUUCUGGACAGCAGUGGAUAUUUUGCCAAGAAGGAAGCUUUUGUUCCUUUUUCUCUAGGGAGAAGACACUGUCUUGGAGAACAGCUGGCUCGGAUGGAAUUGUUUUUGUUUUUUACAGCAUUGCUUCAGCGGUUUCAUUUGCAUUUUCCACAUGAGCUAGUUCCAAAUCUGAAACCCAGGUUAGGCAUGACAUUGCAGCCCCAACCUUACCUUAUCUGUGCUGAAAGACGCUGAAAGUACAUGGGUGUUUUAGGGAACAAGGGUGUGGGUGUAUGUCAGCCUCACUCCUGAACCAUGUUUAAUCAAUGUGUGGGUUUGGAUAAAAGUCACAAUAUCAUAAAGCCAAAUGAA